CACGAGGAACUCUGACCAAAUCAAAAUCUGACUUGUUAAAAGAAGGAUUCCCAACUGCACUGACCAGAACAUCAGCAAUCCUCCAGAGGAAGAUUUUGUGUUUGGAAGAGGUGUUGGAUGAAGAUGAAGAUGUUGUUUUGCAGUCUGCUGUUUGUGUUGGGAGGAGAUGUUCUCCUGGCCUGCUCUCUGAAGAACUACACGCUGUACGUGGAGAGACACGAGUGCGGUCACUGCAUGGCCGUCAACACCACCAUGUGCAGCGGAAUGUGCUUCACACAGGACACUAACGUGAGAGGAUUUGUGGGCAAGCGUUUCCUGAUUCAGAGAGGAUGCAUGCAUCGUUCUCUGGUCUAUCAUUCUGCUAAGAUGCCCGGCUGUCCUGUCCACAUUGACCCGCUCUUCUUUUAUCCGGUGGCACGCCAGUGUCGCUGCACAAAAUGCAACACUACCAGGAACGAGUGUGUUUACAAGCCAAAUUACACUCCCAGCAAAUGCUCCGAGCACCUGCUUGCCGUCUGAAAUCAAUCGACAAGGGGCCUUCCUCACAAUAAAAUUCAGUUCUGAUAACCUUUUUUCCCCCUCUAAUGUUCUGGUAACAUUUGUUCUAUUAGAAAGUGUUUCUCAUUUCAGCUAUAUAGAAAGAGUAAACAAUAUGGAUGGUUUUGUAAUAAUGUUGUAUAUAUAUAAUACACACACACACACGUACAAAAUCCAGCUAG